AUGGAUGCAACAAUCCUGGGUCAUAUUAAAGCUGUUUACUACCCGAUUCUCGCUGUAUUUGGGAUUCCUGCUAAUUUACUGACCAUCGUGACUCUGACCCGGGGUAAGCGCGGUCUCUCCAAGUGUAUCUCCCGCUACCUACUUGCCAUGGCUGUCGCCGAUCUCAUGGUCCUGAUCGUGAACAUCAUUUUCACUCAGAUCAAGGAUAUCCACUUCCCGGCUUCAUUCCUGGACUACACUCCAAUCUGCAGCUUUAUAUUCGUCCUGAGCGUUGACGCCAAUGACUGUUCUGUGUGGUUAACUGUUGUCUUCACUAUUGAUCGGUUUAUCGCAAUUUGUUGGCAGAAAGUGGGUGCUAAGUAUUGCACUAAGAAAACAGCGGCGAUGGUUAUAAUGCUGGUGUAUAUGUUUUCCUUUUCGCUGAAUAGUGGGUUUUAUUUUAUAUUUGAAGCCGCAGAAACAAUAGAUAACAUACAAUUGUUCUGUAUUAUAAAAUCCGCCUUUUAUACAUCGCCGGUUUGGAUGACUUACUACUGGCUUCGAACAAUAUUAACGCCAUUUAUUCCAUUUGUGCUGAUUUCGCUGCUCAACACGUUGACCAUCAGGCACAUCACCCGGGCCACGAGAGUCAGGAGAGAGCUCCUGGGGAGCGGAAAGGGCACGUGCCAGAGUGACCCAGAGACGGAGAACCGACGGAAAUCCAUCGUUUUAUUGCUCACCAUCUCGGGCAGUUUUAUCAUUUUGUGGGCUGUAAAUUUACUCUAUAAGAUUUCUGUCAUUUUAACAGAUGCGACGUUGAUCCACGGAGACGACACCGACCCUUUAACCAUCCUGGGUGAAACCGGAUUCAAGCUUCAGUCUUUGAGCUCGUGCACGAACACGGUGAUUUACGCAGUGGCGCAGAAUAAGUUCAGAGCUGAGAUGACGAUACUAAUUAAAUCCCCCUUUAUUCGGACGAAGACGCUAAUCAAUGUCUGUUUAAAGAACACUUGA